UCCCCCUAUUCCCAUCCCGAAAUAACCCAGAGACUUCCCCUACCCCCACCCCCAAAUUAUUAUUUUGAAGGCGCUAGAUCUGGGGACGGGAAGGGGGAGGGGGGAGAAAUCGGAAACCGAGGACAACCCAAAAGGACUCACUUUGCCUGAUGACUCAACGCAACUAAUAAUCAUCUCCCUCUCAGAGUCUCUGCGGCUUGUCAGUGAGUCCGGCUCUGGCUGCUGGCAGCGGCGGCCGCGAGGGGAGAGGCUGGAGGUGACAGCUUGGGCGGCCGGCACGCUUCCUCCGGCGCGCGGCCCCGGGUCCCCCCGCGUCUCCUCGGCUCCGGGUGGCACCGGCCCCGCGGCUCCAGCCGCGCCUCCUGGCGAGUCAGAGGCCCUGGAGCCGGCAGCCACCGCUGCCGCCGCCGGCCGGUCCUCAGCCCUUUCUCUCCAGCACGGGUCUCCUUCCCGAAGGUGUGAAAAGGCUCUUUCAGCCUCCUUCCCCCUCCACGUCCCCUCCCCCGCUCCCUUGGUGCCCCUUCGGAGGAGCCCUCCUUUCCCUCUCCUCCUCCUCCUCCUCCUCCCCCUUCCCCCGCCCCCCAUCAUCAUCAUAACAAGCAUCUCUGCACGAGAGGAAGACACCCUGACCCAGGACCUUAAACGUUAGGACCUGGGGAGGCGGAGAGGGGCCGCAGGGAAGAGAAAAGGAAGACUAGGGGAGCCUGCACAGCCCAGCACCAGAAACUUUUCCAUCCUGGAUUCUCUACUUUUGCUCCAUGGACAGAGCCCCAGCCAGCCAAGUUUCAGGCAGACCGUGAGCAGUCCCUGCGCGUUUUAUUGCGACCUGCCGGUGGGAACUUUGUCUCCGAGUCGGAGCAGCAUGGAGCGGCGGAGCGAAAGCCCGUGUCUGCGGGACAGCCCCGACCGGCGGAGCGGCAGCCCCGACGUCAAGGGGCCUCCCCCGGUGAAGGUGGCCCGGCUGGAGCAGAACGGCAGCCCCAUGGGAGCCCGCGGGAGGCCCAACGGCGCCGUGGCCAAGGCCGUGGGAGGUUUGAUGAUCCCGGUGUUUUGUGUGGUGGAGCAGUUGGACAGUUCUCUUGAAUAUGACAACAGAGAAGAACACGCUGAGUUCGUCCUGGUGCGAAAAGACGUGCUUUUCAGCCAGCUGGUGGAGACGGCGCUCCUGGCCCUGGGCUAUUCCCACAGCUCCGCUGCCCAGGCUCAAGGAAUAAUCAAGCUGGGGAGGUGGAACCCUCUCCCCCUCAGUUACGUGACAGAUGCACCCGACGCAACAGUGGCCGACAUGCUACAAGAUGUCUAUCAUGUUGUGACGUUGAAAAUCCAAUUACAAAGUUGUUCAAAGUUGGAAGACUUGCCUGCGGAGCAGUGGAACCAUGCCACAGUGCGCAAUGCCUUAAAGGAACUGCUCAAAGAGAUGAACCAGAGCACAUUAGCCAAAGAAUGCCCUCUCUCCCAGAGUAUGAUUUCAUCCAUUGUAAAUAGCACAUACUAUGCCAAUGUGUCAGCAACCAAGUGCCAGGAGUUUGGGAGAUGGUAUAAAAAGUACAAGAAGAUUAAAGUGGAAAGAGUGGAGCGAGAAAACCUUUCAGACUAUUGUGUUCUGGGCCAGCGUCCAAUGCAUUUACCAAAUAUGAACCAGCUGGCAUCCUUGGGGAAAACCAACGAACAGUCUCCUCAUAGCCAAAUCCAUCACAGUACUCCAAUCCGAAACCAAGUGCCCGCAUUACAGCCUAUCAUGAGCCCUGGUCUUCUUUCUCCUCAGCUCAGCCCACAACUUGUUAGGCAACAAAUUGCCAUGGCCCACCUGAUAAACCAACAGAUUGCUGUUAGUCGGCUCUUGGCUCACCAGCAUCCUCAAGCCAUCAACCAGCAGUUCCUGAAUCACCCGCCCAUUCCUAGAGCAGUUAAGCCAGAGCCAGCCAACUCUUCUGUGGAAGUCUCUCCAGAUAUCUACCAGCAAGUCAGAGAUGAACUGAAGAGGGCCAGUGUGUCCCAAGCUGUCUUUGCAAGAGUGGCAUUCAAUCGCACACAGGGAUUGUUGUCUGAGAUUCUGCGUAAGGAAGAAGACCCUCGGACAGCCUCUCAGUCUCUUUUAGUAAACCUGAGGGCCAUGCAGAAUUUCCUCAAUCUGCCAGAAGUGGAACGAGAUCGCAUAUACCAGGAUGAAAGAGAGCGGAGCAUGAACCCCAAUGUGAGCAUGGUCUCCUCAGCCUCUAGCAGUCCCAGCUCUUCCCGAACCCCUCAGGCCAAAACCUCGACACCGACAGCAGACCUCCCUAUUAAGGUGGACGGCGCCAACGUCAACAUCACAGCUGCCAUUUAUGACGAGAUCCAACAGGAGAUGAAAAGGGCCAAGGUGUCUCAAGCCCUGUUUGCCAAAGUGGCUGCAAAUAAAAGUCAGGGUUGGCUGUGUGAACUGCUCCGCUGGAAGGAGAACCCAAGCCCAGAAAACCGCACUCUCUGGGAGAACCUGUGCACCAUCCGCCGCUUCCUGAAUCUCCCCCAGCAUGAGAGGGACGUGAUCUAUGAGGAGGAAUCAAGGCAUCACCACAGCGAGCGCAUGCAACAUGUGGUCCAACUCCCACCUGAGCCAGUGCAGGUUCUCCACAGACAGCAGUCUCAGCCGGCCAAGGAGAGCUCACCUCCCAGAGAAGAAGCACCACCCCCGCCCCCUGCGGCCGAAGACGGUUGUGCCAAAAAGCCCAGGUCUCGCACAAAGAUCUCCUUGGAAGCCCUAGGGAUUCUCCAAAGCUUUAUUCACGAUGUGGGCUUGUACCCCGACCAGGAAGCCAUCCACACCCUGUCGGCCCAGCUCGACCUCCCCAAACACACCAUCAUCAAGUUCUUUCAGAACCAGAGGUACCACGUGAAACACCACGGGAAGCUGAAGGAGCACCUGGGCUCGGCGGUGGACGUGGCCGAGUACAAGGACGAGGAGCUGCUGACCGAGUCGGAGGAAAACGACAGCGAGGAAGGCUCCGAGGAGAUGUACAAAGUAGAGGCUGAGGAGGAAGGCGCCGACAAGAGCAAGGCAGCGCCAGCGGAGAUCGACCAGAGAUAAUGUGAACUGCCCUGUGGUCAAGCAAUACAUCACUCCAAGGAUGUUCUGUUGUAGUUCCUUAACAAAAAAACAAACAAACAAAAAAAAAACGAAAAAAAUUUUUUGCUUUAUUUUAUUUGUGUCUUUUUAUGUCUGUCUGUUUUGUUUUUCUUACCUUAAGUGACAUUUCUUUGUUGCACAGGAUACACCUAUAGACUAUGUUCAGUAUUUCUGAAUCAGACAUAGCCUUGGCAAAGACACUCAAAGUGUUACACAUUUGCAACGGACUGGCUCACCGUCAUGAGAAUCACAGGAGACUCUGCCUUCAUCUGCCUUGCACUUCCAGAAGAGACAUCAGCAAGUCCAGGAUGAAAAGACCUACGGAGUCAAUGAAGGAAGCUACAAGUGUGUGUGUGUGUAUAUGUAUAUGUAUAUAUCUCUAUAUUUACAUAUAUAUAUAUAUUAAAAAUUGCAUGGGACAGAGAACUUUACAACCUGAAAGAAUAGACUGUGAAAUGAGUUCUUAAAGAAAAGACUUGUUUAUGUAUUAAAAGAAAAAAACACACAGAAAAACCACUUCACAGUGAGUCGCUUUGGCUUUUUGAUAAACUGCGGCCUGCUGUCAGGGUGGGGUGACUAUUUUUGAAUUCCUAUUUAUUUUUUUGUGUUUAUCCCUGAUUUUAUUAUUUUUUUAAUUCUUUGGCUUCCUAUCUGGCAGCUUAAUGGGUAAUUUUUGAGGUAUGUAUUUAAGAAAAGUAAAUCAACACUGCCAAAAAAAAAAAAAGAGAAAGAAAGAAA